AUGAAGUUUGCGGCCAGUGGACACUACCAGCCUCAAGAGUGGCACUACUCUCAUGUCCACAAUGCCAUCCUGGGCCCCUUUGGAGAGCUGAUGAUGGAGGACGACCUCAUCCGCAUUGAGAAGCAAAUCGAGAACCUGCAGGUCAUGCAUAAGGUGACGGAGGUGGAAAAGGAACUGGAAGAGUUGGAGCGAGAGCUUCAACAACUUCUUCCCGUGUCUGCCGCCCUCAACCAGGAGCACUUCUAUAUCAACCCCAAGCAAGUUCAUGGGCAAGCGGAAGAUCUGCCAGCCUGGUGCAGCAAAAUCUCAACGCUGCUCAAGAGCAUGGCUAUUCUCCUGGCCACCCUGGGAGGCAAGACAAUAGACAUCUUGGAUUUGAUAUCUCCCGGAUAUGCUCAGGAGGAAGGGAGUAACAAUAGGAUGGGCCAGAUGACCCCAGCAGGAUCCAUUGCCACUGGGGUCAUCGGACGAUCCCAGUCGUUCUCCACUAGGGAGGAGGUGGAGAAGGAGAUCAAGCAGUGUGGCGUCUCUGUGAAGAACCUGAAGGCCAACUAUGAGAUUCAGAACCAGUUCCAGUUUGCUGAUGACAAAACGAACCGGGUGUACAAGCGCAAGAGGUCCCUCCCUGCGGUGAGCGAGUCCAGUUAUCUCCCCGAGCCGAUUCAGGAAGAUGAGGUCCUGUGUUCCCCUGCAGAGGUCCUCCAGUCCCCUAACAAUGGAGACUUUUCUCCAGUCCAGGAAUCUCUGCCUCUGGUGGAGGAACCUGUAAUCAUGCCAUCUCAUGCUCCUCUUACAUACCAGUCUUCUGAUGUGAUCCCUCAGUCUGAUCAGUUCAACCAGGUUCUGUCUACAGACCCUAUACUGAACCACGAGCAGCUGACCCGGAGCCUGGAGGUGCAGACGGACAUGAGCUACGUCCAAGAGUGCAUUGAGAUGAGGAAGGAGCGGAUCGUCUUCUUGUUCCUGGAACACUGGAGAAAGUACACCCUCUCAGAGUCCUACAGGCCAAAGUACACAGCCGAACAGGGAAGUCUAAGGGUGGGUCUGGACGACUAUAACCGGUUCACCGCUGAUCUGGAAGGAGACACACCGAGUGAGGAUGACAAAACACUCCUAUUCAUGAAGUCCAGGCAAGUGGUAGGGAACCUGAUUGGCCACUGGAGGACCAUCAUGAGCCAGGUGCCCACUCGCCAGAUCCGCCGGCUCAGUCGGGCCCAGAUGAUCUACUGGCCGGAGCAUUUCCUGCCACACGUGAAUGGAGCACCGGUCAGCUACGAGACCCUAACCCUAGACCUCUUUAUGCUGGGCUACUUCCAACUCCUAGAGAUGAGCAUGUCACGCAGCGAGCGCAAGUUCCGCCACCUACUGUGCUACGAGAUGUUUGACCGCCUCGGAAGCUACAGCUGGGAGCUGAUUCGCCAGUUCCACCGUGAGGUCAUGGAGGAGAUUGAGCAAGGGAAGCGGGACUGGGCGGACAGCUUUGAAGACAUUAAGCAAAAGUACUUUGGUGAUUCUGCGGAUGGGGGAGGAAUGAUGACCGCCUCGCUACUUUCAAUUGCUCCUGAGGUGUCGGUAGUGCCAGUCCAGGUGCCGUUGCCUGCCCCAGAACCAAACAUGUAUUUGCCUUCGAUUGCUGUACAGGAUAGUGUCCAGCUUACUGCUCAGGACUGCAUUAACCAUGCAGAGCAGAGUGCAGUGAAGGACACUGUGGAGGACACUGUUCAGGCAGAUGUGAACACUUCUGAGCCGAGUCCAACGAAUGGGCCUAUUCAGGAUGCUGUGAAGACUGAAAGUGUAGCACAAGAGAGUGUUCCAAAAGACACAGUUCAGACUUCUGUGCAGGAUUCAGCGCAGAAAACUGGGCAGGAUACUGUUCAGGAGGCUUUGCAAGACUCAGUAGGCCAGGUUGUGACAACUGAGACCACAGUACAGAGUGUAGGGAAGUGUGUGACGCAGGACAUUGCACCUGCUCCACUUCAAGUCACCAUAGUCACACCCAUAUAUGAACCUCCGCACAGAGAAGAGCCCAAUGAAGACUCAAUCAAACUGAUCUACGAACUGAAAGAGUUCAGCAAUGAGGAGAUCAGCAGGUACAUUGAGCGCAGCUUUGCCUUCUGGAAGGAAAAGGAAGCUGAACUGUUUGAUAUCUGACCAUCAGCGAUAAGCAGAAGAUAUGUGGAAUACUCUUUACACAAAAGUGUUAGGCUAAACAUGCUUGGACAAAGCAGGCAACAAAGCCACGAGGGAAAGUGUCAAGGAAACUAUCCUCCUAUGUUGAACAUGCUAGGGAGAGAGCUAAUCUGUGUUUUAGCCUUGAGGCCUCAGAUAACACAAGGAACUGUGACAUGGUUUCAGUAAGGAAAGGAGCAUCCAGCCUGUGAUUGGAUGUCCGGCAGUCAAAUCACUUUGUCUUGUCAACCACUGAUAUGCAAAAAAUGAUGAGAUGUAAUGAUACAGUGGAAGAGGGAGUGCUCUAAAUGCACUACCAGCAAUGACUCCCUGAAUUCUAAUUAGUCUUUGGAACAAAUAUUCUUUAUUCCAAGUUUCUUAUCUAUUAUUGGUUUGCUACAGUAGUUCUUUGAUAUCCAAAGACAGGCCCUAAUGUAGUGUGUGAGGUGGUUUUUCAUCCAAAUGUAAUAUAACAUGUUAUACAUAAGCAAGUCCGUUUCAUAAUGCAACCUACUGUAUGUAACAUAAUUUGAUCAAACAGGAAUAAUGCAGAUUUUUUUUAACGUGAUAAUGUAGAGGAGAGUUGGGCGAGGUGCCCCCUGACACCCCCCCCCCCAAGAAACUGCACCCGUGGCAUGCUCGAGUGUCAUUCUAAUGAUAUUUAUUAGAGGUCGACCGAUUAAUCGGAAUGGCCGAUUAAUUAGGGCCGAUUUCAAGUUUUCAUAACAAUCGGAAAUUGGUAUUUUUAGGUGACGAUUUGACGAUUUUUAAAAAUAUAUAAAAAUAAAAAAAUCCUUUAUUGAACUAGGCAAGUCAGUUAAGAACACAUUCUUAUUUUCAAUGACGGCCUAGGAAUGGUGGGUUAACUGCCUCGUUAAGGGGCAGAACAACAGAUUUUCACCUUGUCAGCUCAGGGGAUCCAAUCUUGCAACCUUACAGUUAACUAGUCCAAUGCAAUAACGACCUGCCUCUCUCUCGUUGCACUCCACAAGGAGAUUGCCUGUUACGCGAAUGCAGUAAGCCAAGGUAAGUUGCUAGCUAGCAUUAAACUUAUCUUAUAAAAAACAAUCAAUCAUAAUCACUAGUUAACUACACAUGGUUGAUGAUAUUACUAGAUAUUAUCUUGCGUCUCCUGAGUUGCAUAUAAUGUGACUAAGCAUACAAGAAUACAAGUAUCUAAGUAUCUGACUGAGCUGUGGUAGGUAGAAGCGGGUUCGUAAACAUUCAUUCAAACAGCACUUUCGUGCGUUUUGCCAGCAGCUCUUCGUUGUGCGUCAAGCAUUGCGCUGAUUAUGACUUCAAGCCUAUCAACUCCCGAGAUGAGGCUGGUGUAACCGAAGUGAAAUGGCUAGCUAGUUAGCGCGCGCUAAUAGCGUUUCAAACGUCAUUCGCUCUGAGCCUUCUAGUAGUUGUUCCCCUUGCUCCGCAUGGGUAACGCUGCUUCAAUGGUGUCUGUUGUCGUUGUGUUGUUGGUUCAAGCCCAGGGUGGAGCGAGGAGAGGGACGGAAGCUAUACUGUUACACUGGCAAUACUAAAGUGCCUAUAAGAACAUCCAAUAGUCAAAGGUUAAUGAAAUACAAAUGGUAUAGAGGGAAAUAGUCCUAUAAUUCCUAUAAUAACUACAACCAGAAAUAUAUUAGGUUAAAACUUCUUACUUGGGAAUAUUGAAGACUCAUGUUAAAAGGAACCACCAGCUUUCAUAUGUUCUCAUGUUCUGAGCAAGGAACUGAAAUGUUAGCUUUCUUACAUAGCACAUAUUGCACUUUUACUUUCUUCUCCAACACUAUUAUGCAUUAUUUAAACCAAAUUGAACAUGUUUCAUUAUUUACUUGAGGCUAAAUUGAUUUUAUUGAUGUAUUAUACACUGCUCAAAAAAAUAAAGGGAACACUAAAAUAACACAUCCUAGAUCUGAAUGAAUGAAAUAUUCUUAUUAAAUACUUUUUUCUUUACAUAGUUGAAUGUGCUGACAACAAAAUCACACAAAAAUUAUCAAUGGAAAUCAAAUGUAUCACCCCAUGGAGGUCUGGAUUUGGAGUCACACUCCAAAUUAAAGUGGAAAACCACACUACAGGCUGAUCCAAUUUUGAUGUAAUGUCCUUAAAACAAGUCCAAAUGAGGCUCAGUAGUGUGUGUGGCCUUCACGUACCUGUAUGACCUCCCUACAACGCCUGGGCAGGCUCCUGAUGAGGUGGCGGAUGGUCUCCUGAGGGAUCUCCUCCCAGACCUGGACUAAAGCAUGGAUGGAGCGAGACAUGAUGUCCCAGAUGUGCUCAAUUGGAAUCAGGUCUGGGGAACGGGCGGGCCAGUCCAUAGCAUCAAUGCCUUCUUCUUGCAGGAACUGCUGACACACUCCAGCCACAUGAGGUCUAGCAUUGUCUUGCAUUAGGAGGAACCCAGGGCCAACCGCACCAGCAUAUGGUCUCCCAAGGGGUCUGAGGAUCUCAUCUCGGUACCUAAUGGCAGUCAGGCUACCUCUGGCGAGCACAUGGAGGGCUGUGUGGCCCCCCCAAAGAAAUGCCACCCCACACCAUGACUGACCCACCGCCAAACCGGUCAUGCUGGAGGAUGUUGCAGGCAGCAGAACGUUCUCCACGGCGUCUCCAGACUGUCACGUCUGUCACAUGUGCUCAGUGUAAACCUGAUUUUAUCUGUGAAGAGCACAGGGCGCCAGUUGCGAAUUUGCCAAUCUUGGUGUUCUCUGGCAAAUGCCAAACGUCCUGCACGGUGUUGGGCUGUAAGCGCAACCCCCACCUGUGGACGUCGGGCCCUCAUACCACCCUCAUGGAGUCUGUUUCUGACCGUUUGAGCAGACACAUGCACAUUUGUGGCCUGCUGGAGGUCAUUUUGCAGGGCUCUGGCAGUGCUCCUCCUGCUCCUCCUUGCACAAAGGCGGAGGUAGCAGUCCUGCUGCUGGGUUGUUGCCCUCCUACAGCCUCCUCCAUGUCUCCUGGUGUACUGGCCUGUCUCCUGGUAGCGCCUCCAUGCUCUGGACACUAUGCUGACAGACACAGCAAACCUUCUUGCCACAGCUCGCAUUGAUGUUCCAUCCUGGAUGAGCUGCACUACCUGAGCCACUUGUGUGUGUUGUAGACUCAGUCUCAUGCUACCACUAGAGUGAAAGCACCGCCAGCAUUCAAAAGUGACCAAAACAUCAGCCAGGAAGCAUAGGAACUGAGAGUGGUCUGUGGUCACCACCUGCAGAACCACUCCUUUAUUGGGGGUGUCUUGCUAAUUGCCUAUAAUUUCCACCUGUUGUCUAUUCCAUUUGCACAACAGCAUGUGAAAUUUAUUGUCAAUCAGUGCUGCUUCCUAAGUGGACAGUUUGAUUUCACAGAAGUGUGAUUGACUUGGAGUUACAUUGUGUUGUUUAAGUGUUCCCUUUAUUUUUUUGAGCAGUGUACUAAGUUAAAAUAAGUGUUCAUUCAGUAUUGUUCUAAUUGUCAUUAUUACAAAUAUAUUUUUUAAAUUCGGCAGAUUAAUCGGUAUGUGCUUUUUUGGUCCCACAAUAAUCGGUAUCGGCGUUGAAAAAUCAUAAUCGGCCGACCUCUAAUAUUUAUACUAGUGCAUUUUUAGGGUGUAUGCUGUUUUGCCUUUAUUAGUUAAACCUCUACACGAGAUACACUAUGCUAUCAUUAAGCAGACACACAUACAGUAGGUUGUCCUCAUUAUAUAGAUUUGACAAAUAUUCCCUUAAAACUCUACAGUUACAAUUGACUAUCACUCUUUACUCUUGCAUAUACAGUUAUUGAUUAUGAAUAAUAGCUUCAUAUUCAAGAAUUAUGAUCACUUUUACUUCUACAAAUUGAUAACCAGAUCAGGGUCAUGUAUUCCUUGUCCUCAGUUUCACACAUAAUGCUUGAUGCACUAGUUGUUGCAUGAGCUCAAAGGCAAGGAAAGUACAGUAGGUCUCCAGUGUUAGGUUCAAGUGUUACUCAAUGGCUCACAUGCUGUCUUUUUACCCCAGCCUGUGACCUUAUCGGGUUGUACACAUUGCACACCUUUUCUGUGAGGAGCCUGUUGAUGAUAGCAGGGUUUGUAUUCAAUGGGAAUGAAUUAUGCUUUUGUUACGGUAUUGUUUUGCAUCAACACUUUCCCACGCUGAUAUAACAGCAAACGAUUUGGUCAGCCGAUUUAAUUUUCAUUCUUAAAUCCUUCAGAUUGCUGAAGAGGCAUAGGGUAGAGUACAAAUAUAUCCAGUAUAUCGUCACACUUAUGUAGAUAUUGCAGUUUAUACUUUUUGAUGAUUUAUUAUUCAAACGGUUUUGCAUUUAGAUGUGUGUUUUCUGCAUUUUUUCCCCCAUUUGUUACAUAAUUUGUUCCUAUCAAUAAAGUUUGAGUAAGUAACGUUUUGUUUGGUUUGUUUGACAUUUGUAUGCUUUGUUUAGGAGCAGGUCAAAGUCAAAUUCAUGAGGUGACAAGAAGCUGACCACUUCAGGGUAUUAUUCAGUGGGGUGCAAUAUUCCAAACGUUACAAAUAAAAAUGUAAUGUGCAGAGCGGCUAUAAUUCCUUUUUGUUUUUGUUUUUACAUGACAGAGGGCCUUGUAUUUUCUACACAAAACAUAUCUAUCUGAUCGAUGUGUAGCACCUACAUGUAGCACCCUCCUUAAUUACCCACAGACAUUUACGUUCUUUUGUCAUUAACGAUCAACGGUCUAAUCUUUCUGCCUGAAACAUAAAACGUACUUUUCAAGAAUCCCCUGUAGAGCCUGUUCAUGAUUGGUUCUCUACUGCCUUUUCAAAGGUCAUGCAAAGCUCCCCGUUCCCAAUUAGCCUAAACUGAGUAAGAGUAUAGUGCGCUUAAAAAAACAAAUUGUGCUUCCUUUCGCCCUACUGGAGUACUACACCAGUAUGCACAACAAGGGAGCCAGUCGAUGUGGGUAUUUCUACAUUUGUCAACCAACGUUUAUUCCUCUACUGCGACAGACAGCCAAGGCAGCAAAGACACAUUUUGUCAUAGUGUUUUCUCGUCGUCCAGAUUAAAUUCCGCCCCCCUGGGCUAGUAACCCUCUUACUGUCACCUGCUGUCAUGCUAGUGAGAGGUGGUUUAUACUGAAGCCACAAGGAGGUUACUCCUUACAGUGGACAACUUCUGAUCUACUUUAAGCCAAUCAAUCCGAGGUGGGAGGCACUCUCGUCUCGUGGUAACCAUAGCGAUAGGUCUAUACAUAGAUUUGAGUACAGGAUGGAGUCAAGAUUGUAGACUGGGGACAUGGUUGAGAUUGAGGGUACUGUCUAUAUGUCCGGAAACCCAACAGACUAUUAUCUAAGGCAAUUUAUAAACGCAAACACCGGCCCCCCAGCCAAAUAUUGAUUAUUAAUUUGGACAGAAUGAUUGUCAAUUUACACAGAACAAAAAUCUAAACGCAACAUGAGGUGAUGGCAGCGGAUUAAUGGCAUGACAAUGGGCCUUAGGAUCUCGUAACGGUAUCUCUGUGCAUUCAAAUUGCCAUCGAUAAAAUGCAAUUGUGUUCGUAGUCCGUAGCUUAUGCCUGCCCAUACCAUAACCCCACCAUGGGGCACUCUGUUCACAACGUUGACAUCCGCAAACUUAUCACCCACGCGACGCUGUACAUGCUGUCUGCCAUCUGCCCGGUACAGUUGAAACCUGGGUUCAUCCAUGAAGAGCACACUUCUCCAGUGUGCCAGUGGCUAUCGAAGGUAAGCAUUGGCCCACUGAAGUCUGUUACGACGCCAAACUGCAGUCAGGCCAAGACCCUGGUGAGGAAGACGAGCACGCAGAUGAGCGUCCCUGAGACUGUUUCUGAUCGUUUGUGCAGAAAUUCUUUGUUUUGCAAACUCAGUUUCAUCAGCUGUCCAGGUCGCUGGUCUCAGACGAUCCCGCGGGUGAAUAAUCCGGAUGUGGAGGUCCUGGGCUGGCAUGGUUACAAGUUGUCUGCGGUUGUGAGGCCGUUUGGACGUACUGCCAAAUUCUAUAAAAUAACAAUGGAGUUUAUAGUAGAGAAAUGAACAUUCAAUUCUCUGGCAACAGCUCUGGUGGACAUUUCUACAGUCAUCAUGCCAAUUACACACUCCCUCAAAACUUGAGACAUCUGUGGCAUUGUGUUGUGUGACAAAACUGCACAUUUUAUAGUGUUCUUUUAUUUCCCCAGCACUGUGUAAUAAGCAUGUUGUUUAAUCAGCUUCAUGAUAUGCCACACCUGUCAGGUGGUUGGAUUAUCUGGGCAAAGAAGAAAUGCUAUACUAACAGGGAUGUAAACAAAUUUGUGCACAAACUUGGAGCGAAAUAAGCUAUUUGUACGUAUGGAACGUUUCUGGGAUCUUUUACUUCAGCUCAUGAAACAGGGGACCAACACUUUACAUGUUGAGUUUAUAUUGUGCCUGUCGUUUUUCCCCGCUAACGUUACGAGUAACUUCAUCCAUUUGCCAACUGUUGCAUUUAUUAUAAUUAUUUUAAAACAGUUUAACAAUGUUGAUGACCGUUGCAAGUUUAAUAUGGCAAUAUUUUUGUUUAACGUAAUUAGAGGAAUUUCCUUGCAUCCCCUAAACAGCAAUAGUUAUUGUUACUCCUCCAGGUAUGCAUGUUAGAAUGGAUGCAAGCCGAUAUUGCGCGCUGAACGCCUAUUCUGAUGUGAGGCAAUUAGUAUCCAACCAUGUCAAUCUUGAAUGGAUGCUCUCCUGUUGUAUUGGUAACAUGAAACUGGCUUUGUCCCACUUUCCUUGCCUGUCUAUCAAAUGACCCCCCCCCCUCCACAAAUGUUAUAAUUCCCUGGGGAAUCAUUAAACAUGCAAUGUGUAGAGAUAAGCUUACCAGGAUACUGUUGGAUGGGGCCAGUGAAAUGCUACGUGGGGGUGUGGUGUAAUAGAUCUGUAGCUAUGUGAAUAUUAGAACUCCAAGAUGGCUCCUCUCAGCCCCGCCUCCAAUUACGACCUGAAAGAGGGGAGUCGGUCAAGUUUCAGGUGGUGUGUGCACACGCCUCUGUGUGCGUGCACGGUCCACAACCUGUCUGCAAUGAGCUGGGUUUAAGUCGUGUUUAAAAAUGUGUCUCUCUAUGCCGCAGUCUGGCUGAUAGUCUUUAUACUAGACCUGGGUUCAAAUACUAUUUGAAAAUGCUUUAUCCUGUCUAGAGUGCCAGAUGGGCAGGGUUUGCAGUUUUGCAAUUACUCUAUUGGUUACCUGGCACCAGGCAAGCUCAAUCAAGCCCAGAUAAUACAUUUGAAAUGAUUUCAAAUAGUAUUCGAAGCCUGGUCUGCUCUAUACAAUAUUAAUUUCCAGCACCACCUCAACAUCAAUGUAUGUGAAAAUGGCACGUUUCUAUGUUUUGUAGUAAAAAAGAUAGGGGAAGAUAAGUGUUUCCAAUGACAUCAUCAACCAAUUCAUUAGUAGGCAAUGCCUAUUCAUAAUUGGUUAAAAUCCCAUGAUGCAUACCGACAUCAUUGGAAAUACUUCUCUUCCUGUAUCUUGUUUUACUACAAUACAUAGAAAGGUGCUGUUUUCACAUAUGUUGAUGUUGGGGUGGUGCUGGAGAUGAAGUUGAUGCUGAAUCUAAUUUAUGCUUAAUCCCAUCAGGUGUGUCACCUUUGUGAGCUCCAUCAUAGAAACAAGAAAGGAUGGGAAAGUCUCAGUUCCUGGGAGGCUAAAGGGAUGACUAUAGUAGUGGAGUUGGAGACGGGCAGGGACAGUGUUACCAGUGGGGCCCCAUUAUGACAGAUGUUGGCUCCUGUGUGUUUGGUCC